UGUGUGUGUGUGUGUGUGUGUCUUCUAAGGACAUGUUCUCUGUGGAACUGUUCCCCCGUGUGAUUUAGUGCUCAGUGCAGAAAGCGAGAAGUUGUGCCGAGUUUCAGAGCCGCUGUGGAUGUGUUCAGACUGGAUCCAGCGGAAAGACGUCCCGCGUUAAACACCGACCACUGCGAUACCCGAGGAGGAGGAGGAGGAGGAGGAGGAAGGGCCAGGCACACACCAAGGCAUUUCAAAUCAUACAGAUGUGAAGAAGUUCGUGUUUCUCGGCGUGUAGAUCCAGCACGGUACCGUGUGUGUGUGUGUGUGUGUGUGUGUGUGAGAGAGAGAGAUCCCAGUCCUGGAUCCUGAUCGCCUCCAUGGUGAAACAAAGACUGUAGACACAGGGUUUGAUGGAGAUCUGGUCGAAUGACAGCGGGAACUGUUGUCAUAACUGGAGGAAUACUCGCAACGGUGAUACUGCUGUGUAUCAUUGUAGUGCUCUGCUACUGCCGACUCCAGUAUUAUUGCUGUAAGCAGAAUGAAUCCAACCCAGACUCACCUUCCUACUCUGAGGCACAGUUCUCCUGUGAUGUCUGCAGACCUUCAGGCAUGGAGGGGUCCAGCAUCUGUCCCCUGUCCGUGUCUCCUGAAGUGGCCCACAGCUCCUGCCCCACCUGCUCCUCAUUCUACAGCAACUCCUUCCACUUCCGCAACAGGGACGAGACACGCAACGGUGCAGAGCGCCUUGCCUACAUGCUGCCCUCCACACAUGGCACCUCGCUGAGCUCACAAUCCUUUCCCGACUUCUACUGCAACACACAUGCCAUCAGCACUGACGUCUGAGCAGUGGUGAAUGAUAUGAAGUGAGCUAUUUCAGGUGACCACUGUGGCACAAGCCAUUUUGCGGUCCCAAGAAAACACACCUGAAAGAGGCAUUUAUUUGCUUGUUUUCAGAGACUUAAUAAUGAAAUAUACACGGUCAAGACGAAAAAAAAAAAGUGUUUUGUUUUUUUUUAAACAAGCUGAAAUGUGCUGUAUACCCACCUCUCGAGCACAGAGAACACUGGGAUAACAAGAAGUGUACAGAACCUGAUGCUUCGCGUUGGAGCACAGUCAAUACAAGUGACUUUUACAGAUGAAUAUUUAUUGCUGCUGAAGCUUUUGGACACAGAUUUUCUAUGAGUAUUUGUGGUACAGGAUUUCUGAGCCCUAGAAACUCACCAGAGCAGUAAUUUUACCUGAGUUUGGGCAUCUUUAGAAUAUGAGCUUCCUGUCUUUACUGCACGAGGGCUAUUUAACAUGACUUUUCAUAUGCUGCUGUUGGAAUUCUCUAAGAUAAGGAAAAUCAUGUAUUCAGUAUUAAUAUCAGCUUUUAAUAUGAAUGAAUGUGGCGUGUAAAAGGACAAAUCAUCAAGGAGUAUUGAUAUAAGAGCAAAGGACUAUUUCUAGCUUUCUCUAUGCAAGGUCUAUGCUUAAGCAGUCAAACAUGGCGCUCCUUUUUCACCUUUUAGAGAAUGGCAUGAUGGAAAAGACUGAAGUCAUGGACUGAGUGCGUUGUUGUGUAGUGAUUUUUUUGCAUUGGGUUACAUGAGAUUGUUAUAUGAGAACGGAAUGUUGGCAAGGGUAUUUAAAAUUGUAAUCUGCAUUUUUAAAAACAAUUUAGAAUUUGGGCCUUUAUUUAAAUACAGUCUGCCCCAAAAGUCCCUAUACAUAGACAAUGGUUGGAUUAAAAGUUUUCUUGGAUUGGUUACCAUGGUCCUGGAGAUUGGCAAAUGAGAUCCCCAGAACUAAGCCCACUUGUUUCCACUUUAUUUAUUUUUGAGAGCCAUGUAAAGGCCAUGGUGUAAGGCCAGGAAAAGUUACAGCAACAAGAUGGAAUGGGUUCGAAGGAAUGCAUUCAAAGUGCAGUUACCUGCAAAACUUUGGCUGUGUUAACAUGAGUUCAUCAUGAGUGAAAGAGACGACUCUGAAGGAAUGGAACUUGUGGAAAGGAGUUUUGUUGAAGUUUUUUUUGCAGUAUCAAGUGGACUAAUGGUGUAAUGCCAUAUUCAGUUAUUUAGAACAAUGUUUUUAGUGGUGGGUCGUAUCACAAAAAUAUCCAAUCACAAUACACAAUUUUUUUUGCACAAUAUGAAUUGGU